AUGACAGAUAUCAACGAUAAAGUUUCUACACAACGAUAUUCUCGAUUAUCUAAAUUCUUUCAACAUUGGAAAGGUCAUAACCAUCUCUCUUCAGCCAUUACACCUUCAUCGCUCUACUUAGCUUGUCAAACAAAUGAUCUUGCACGUGUAAAAUCAUGCUUAAAGACAAUGAAAUAUGAAGAAAUUAAUUAUCAAUAUCCACCCCUCAAUGAAACUGCUUUACAUGUUGCUACAAGAAAUCAACAUAAGGAAAUUAUUCAGAUGCUCUUAUCAUACGAUGUACGACGAUCGAUAAGUAAUGUAGAUGGUCAACAAGCUUAUGAAUUAGCUGAAACAAAAGAAAUAGAAGAUUUAUUUAAACGUCCACAAUCAUUUCGUUUUAUAUUUCAACACAAACCCAAUAAUGAUACAACUUCCUCGGAUCAGCCAGUAAUUAAAUGUAAAAUCUGUUCAUUGGUAAAUGAUAUAAGUUUUUAUGAAUGGGAAUUAACUGACCAAAAUGCAGCAGAAAAAUCAUUAAGAUUUCGUCAUGAAUUGAAAUCAUCUACAUCAAUGAGCAGAAAAGACUUGAAAAGAAAACUUAACACAAUAAGAAAAGGUUACGUCAAUACACGUCUGCGAGAUUCUUUCUCAACGAAUAAUACUAAGGUAUUUAAUUUAUUUCAAUGUGCACUAGUUAAACAAGAACCUGACUAUAUUAUUGCUGCAUAUACAACUUCUCAAGAGUUCUCAAAAUUAUUAAAUAAAGAUAUGGCACGAAAUAUUAUACAUGAUUUAAAAAAUGGUUGUAGUCAAUUCUCGUGUGAUUGUCUCUAUUCAACAGAAGAUGGUACGAAAGCAAUUAUAAGUAUUCUUCUUCGUUAUGAAAAAUAUCAAAAACUCAGUUUCAUUGGUAAGAUUUAUCGUGGUAUUGUUUUACCUAAAAAUACUCUUGACCACUACAAAGUUGGUUCCUGUAUUAUUACCACUACAUUUCUUUCAACGUCGACAGAUCCUGAUGUUGCUCAAGUGUAUGCUGAUGAAGACAUAUCUGAUUUAGAUAAACAAUCUUACUUUUGUAUUUAUGAAAUAACCGAUGACAAUUCUACUGCUAUUGAUAUAUCAAAUCUAUCAGAAUUUAAAAGCGAAGCAGAAAUAUUAAUCUUACCGUAUUCGGCGUUUCUUAUUACACAGAUCGAACAAGAAGAGGAAAGAACACUUAUUUAUUUGAAGCAACAAUGUUUCACAGAUAUCUUGAAUACUAAUAGCUAA